AGUAUUUAUUCUCUGUGGUUCAUAUGCCAAAACAGAAAUAUUCCACAAAAGAGCUAGCUGAUAAAAAGUAGUCUUUCUUUUUCAAAGGUUGUCUAUGCAUCCAAUUAUUAAUAUGUUUAUGUGAUAUCAUGUGGAGGAUAUGUUCAUGUUAUGUGAUAUCAUGAUCUAAUGAGAAGUCCUAUGUACUUGCAGCCUACAUAGGAACUAAAGCCAUGGAUAUGCCUUCUUCUUGGCUUCCAGAAUUGGAGAUGCAAGAUCAAGGGUUCAUGAAUCAAUAUCAGAUGAACAAACCUUAUCAUCCUCUCAUGGAGGAUUUCAGUGUUGAUUCAUUUUCAUCAGAUAGCUACACAGAAACCCCGUCUUUCAUCGAUCAGUCUUUUCAAACCCAUAAGCGCCUCGAAGAACCAGCCAAUAUCAAACAACCAUUUAGUUACAAAACAGCCAAUAGUAUCAACAAGAAAUUUCCUCCAACUGAAAAAUCCAAAUCAAAGCUAGUUUCUGAUGCUCCUAACACUUUCACAAUAUCUUUUGGAGAUAUAAAACCUAAAGAUGAGAUCCUCUCAUUUGGUGAUUCAUAUGGUUUCACAGAAGCUGGUACAAAAAAGGGUCCGACCCCUCUCAGGAAUCCGAUUCAGGUUCAAGAUCAUGUGUUGGCUGAGAGGAAGAGAAGAGAAAAACUGGCUCAACGUUUUGUUGCUUUGUCUUCCCUCCUUCCUGACUUGAAGAAGAUGGAUAAGGCAACUGUGUUAGAAGAUGCAGCUAAUUAUAUCCAAGAACUCCAAAAUCGAGUUAAGGAACUCGAGGGAUUAUCCGCCUUGAAGAGAAAGAACAUGCAAGAAUCGGUUAUAACAGGUAAAAGAUCAAGGCUUAGUAGUAGCGAUGAAGAUGGUUCAUCUUCCAAUGAAGCAAACUUUGAAGAGAGCAGCAGCCCUUGCAAUCCGGAGAUCGAAGUGAGGACGUCCGGAUGCAGUCUACUUGUCGAAAUCUACAGCCGGAAAAACUGCAUAUCGUUAGUGAAAGUGCUAAGUGAGAUGCAGAAGUUUGGUUUAUCUAUCAUCAGUUGCAGCACCAUCCCAUUUGCUGAUACCACUCUUCUUGUCACCAUUGUUGCUCAGAAGAAUGAUGACUUCAUUAUGUCAACAACGGAUCUUGUGAAGAAUCUGCAACUAGUUAUUUGAACUACUAGCUGAUCAAUUGAAGUUUGAAGCUCAAUAUUUCAUAGCAUCCAUAUUCUACUUUACCCUAAGAGCUGAAUGUCAGUAAGCCACGGACGAGGACUGGUGUCGACUACUGGCCGACGCAUCUUUCUUAAUUCAUCAAACAACUUGAUCACAUUUGCAGCAUAUAAAUAUGGAAAAGCUAUCUUCAUCCCCUUGGGUCGGUCAUUUUAAGUAUUCUUGUAAAGGAAGGCGAGUCCAAAGCGCCAGCAAAUUAAUUCUAAGAUCGACACGAGGUGUAUUUGGUUCUUGCAUAAUAUAUAUCUUCAAUUUGUUUUAUUUCUGCAUUAGCCUCCCUAAUCUUAGUAGUUUCUGAUAUUCACAAGGGUUGUUAGUCUUCUUUUUCUUUUUCGUGGGAUAUACCGCGUUUAUUAAUUAAGUAGUUCUUGUGAUGUCUUUUAAAAACAACCCUUGACAUUUUUCGUUGUAUAUAUAUUACUAAACAUGCCUUUGAGAAUCG